AUGCGCAGGGUGGGGGAAUCCAUGGAGUCCAAAGUACAAAAAGUUGCAGGACGUGAAGUCACGGCAGGUAACUCUAAUUCCCAUGCAAGCCAUGCAAUAUUUGGCAACAAUGUGGAUAUUCUGCAAGAAAUCUUGAAGCAUCUGGAUGCCAAGUCAGUGGGCAUCGUCUCCUGUGUUAGCAAAGGGUGUCAGCAAGCUGCAGAAAGUGAAUAUGUGUGGAAAAUCUUAUGUACCCAUAUCUGUCCUUCAUCUGUUUUUGAAACAGAGAGGCUCCAGUCACUGGUAGCAACCAUGGGUGGAUUUAAACGCCUACAUGAAUUUCUUGCAUCCUCUCCGAUCAUAUUCCCAUCAUAA